CCGUGAUUUUUGCAUUCUCAGUCAUUUCCAGUUUUAUUUGAUUGGUGCAUGGCCGGACGGCUUUGUCUUGCCAGGCCAGUAUUGUCUCGUUCCUGUCGUCGACUGUGUUGGCUGUCAUUCAGCUCUGCCAGUGGACAACUCUUGUGAACUGUCAACAACCACAAUAACAAGGCGCGUAAUGGUCGGCCCAUGGAGUUGGCCGCUGUUCUUGGAUGCGGCCGCCACUUGAGUAGUGUUGUUGCACAUCCGGCUGGGUCGCAGAAUUUGUUGGAUCUGUGCUCUGCGUGCAAUUUAUGGCCCACUCAGGACAAAGGACUGAUUUGUGAGGUCGAUAUCUAAGGCCCUGGUUCUUUGGCAGUUGUCCAUGGCCAACGCGUAUGGACCAAACGCCGGCAGAGCUGCAGAACGUCGUCGUCCUUCCGAAAGGCUUAGGGGUGGUAUUCAAGUUGUGAAAUGGGAAAGUGUUACUGACGAUGGGGCACCCAUUCAGCCCAGUAACCUACUCGCCGACGAAGAAGGUUUCUAUCUGUACUAUGAAGAGUCAUGUGAACUAAUCGAGGUGCACAAGAUUGCCGAUGUUCGUAUUGGCGUCUUGCCCAGUGGUAAUCCCAAAGACAAUGUUCGUGUUGAGGGCAAUGUCAAGAGUAUGUCCCCCACAGAGCCACACAUUCCACUGGAAGAGCGCAUCGUGUGUCUCAGCUUAGUCACCAACAGGCAGCGCUUAUCCACUGCUGACCUGCAGGACAUCUACUUGAUUCUGUACUCGAGAGAGGAUGCACGAACACUGCAGAAGGAUAUUUUGCAUUUAUCAUGUGAUCCGCUACAUGCCAGUCCUAGUGUACUGACGUUGCUGCGGAAGAACUAUUCGUACCUCAUGCUGUCUCACGCCAACAAGAGUGAGAUCUCUGUGCGUGACCUAGCUAGUCUCUUUUGUGAGGGCCAAGACGAGAAGGUGCUGUUCUCACUGGAAGCACUCAAGCUGAAGCCGAAGAAUGGAACGUCAGGAGUUAAGAAGGCUGACUUACCAUUUGACCAGUUCUAUGCGCUGUACUCUCACUUGUGCACUCGUGUAGAGAUGGUGGAUGUGAUGCGCUCUGUAGCCCGUGGUAAAGUGCAGGAUAUGUGCUUGUCUGGUGACAACUUCUAUGACCUGUUGACUGACGAGAAGUUCCACUACGACCCUCGCCGCAACUUCAUCCUGUUCCCGAAACAGAGCCGUGCGGAGACGGACGCGCUCAUGCGCAAGCAUGCCAUUGGCAAGCAGAAAAAGCAGAACAAGAUGUCCGUGGACAGCCUGACACACUUCUUGCUGAGCGACGAUAACCUGGUGGUGGAGAGCACGUGGUACCAGCAGACGGACGACAUGAACCAGCCGCUGGGCCACUACUUCAUCAACAGCUCGCACAACACCUACCUGUCCGGUCAUCAGCUGAAGUCAAUCUCGUCGCCGCAGAUGUACCGCCUGGCGUUGCUGGCCGGCUGCCGGUGCCUGGAGCUGGACUGCUGGCCCGGGGAGAAUGAGAGUGGAGAGCCUGAACCGUACAUCACACACGGCAUGACCAUGUGCACCAAGACGCCGUACAGAGAUUGCAUUCAAGCCAUUGCCGAGACGGCAUUCAUCGCGUCCGACUACCCGGUCAUACUGUCGUUUGAGAACCACUGCACCACGAACAUUCUGCAGGAGAAAAUGGCUCGCUACUGUCGCGAAAUUUUUGGCGACCUGCUGUUGGCUGAUCCCCUUUCUGGCUACGCACUGGAGAAAGGCACACAGCUUCCACCGCCGUCAUUGCUCAAGCGCAAGAUUCUCAUUAAGAACAAGAAGCGAACAGCCCCACCACCAGAGGCCAAGAAGCAAGCGUUAGUGGAGACUGAGCAGCAAUCGACAGAGGCCGUUGAUGACGAUGAAGAUGGCGAGGCCAAGAAGGAGGAUGACGGCAAUGCGGAUGCCACGACUGACGACCCGGAUGCAAGCGUUCAGGAUAUGAGCACAGGUGCAGCUGUGAAGGACGUGGCAGUUGUCAACAUGGAAUUGUCAGCUAUCGUUAACUAUGUCCAACCCGUGCAGUUCAAGUCCUUCUACGAGGGUAUGGAGCGAGGCAUGAACUUUGAGAUGUCCUCUUUCUCUGAAGACCGUGGCCUUGGCUUGGUGCGUGACAACCCCGUUGAGUUCGUCCAGUACAACAUCAACCAGAUGUGUCGGAUCUAUCCCCGUGGAAAACGCGUCGAGUCCAGUAAUUACCAGCCGCAAGCCUUUUGGAACUGCGGCGCGCAGAUGGUAGCUCUCAACUAUCAAACCACCGACAGCCCAAUGCAGCUCAACAUCGGGCGCUUUGCGCUGAACGGUAACUGUGGCUAUCUGCUCAAGCCCAAGUGUUUCACGACAGCGUCGAUGAGGUUCGACCCGUUCGGCUCUGUCCAUAACGGUAUCAUACCUCACGAGCUCUCGCUGGAGAUCAUUUCUGGCCAGUACGUGUGCAAGAGAAAAUGUGCAGUGUCGGUGGAGGUCGAUAUCAUCGGUGUGCCACCAGACGUGUGCCUGCGCAAGCUGAAAACCAAGCCAUGCCGUGAUAACAACGUCAUCAAUCCACGCUGGGAGCACGAAAUCAUCAAGAAGCGCCGUAUCAUCGUUCCAGAGAUGGCCACCAUCCGGCUGGCUACCGUGGACGACCGCGGCAUGCUGCUCGGUGUUCGCUUCUUACCUGUGCACCUCAUCCAGCCUGGGUAUCGACACAUUCCGCUGCUGAACCGCCUUGGCAAGCCGGCCGGCCUUGCGUCGCUCUUCGUGCACAUACAUGUGCACGACUUUGUGUCGGAAGCACAUGCCAUGUGGGUCGACGCUCUUGUUGAUCCUCUCACAUUCCUGGACAAGCAGCGGCAGGAUGCUCUAAACGACCUCAACGCCACUGACGAGCAGCCCGAUGACCCCUCCAUCAUCAUUGAUUCUGAAUCGAGACCCCGCUCUCCGCCUUCGCUCGGGACAACUGGAACUGGUCCUCCAUCACCUGGUUUAACACGGUUUAAGGCAAUUGGCCAUGCAGCCAUGCUUCAUGCUGCCGUGAAGUCUAGUAGCAAUCGGGGUUCUCAAGGACCGAUCACGGACGACACCACUGGUUUGACUUUGCCACGCACCAGGUCCAACCAUGACACAGGUCAGUCGGCAGCUGCCGGUCCUGCCCGUCCGCCACUACCCACCGUCCAGGUUGAAAUGAUCCGCAGUCACCGAGACUAUGUCAAGUUCCAGCGUAAGCAGACCAAGGAGUCACAAGAUGUAGAUAAGAAGCACCGUCAGGAACUGGUCUCCAAGCAAAAGCACAAAGACGACAGCCUGCUUCAGCUCGCCAAGAAGCUGGACCGCAAAACCACCUCUCUGCUGGCAGCCAAGGAGAAGGCUCUGAAGAAAACGAAGACCGAUCCGCAGUUUACUUCAGCACACUACGACGAUGAGAUCGCAAAGCUGCGUAAGGCCAAUGAAGCUGAGGUGCAGCAGUACACAUCGGCGUUUGCCAACACCCAGGCCGAGUUGCAGCUCAAGCACAAAGCUGAGCAGAACAAAGUGCGAAAGCGUUUUGCUAUGGAGGAGGAGCGUGUCAUGAUCAAGGUCAUGAAGCAAAUCCAGGCCACGCAUCGCACGGAGCGCAAGGCUCUCUACGAGCGUGAGCUAAAGGAGGCGCGGGAAAGCAUGGUGUCCAGUGCAGACCCGGCUGCUGCUGCUGGUGGUGAAGGCGGUGAUCGUGGCUGGCAAAGGAGAGUAACCGUCGCAGCUGUUGUCUCCCGCAUCCAGACCCUCGGCCGUGAGCACGAGGAGGACAUGAAAACCCUCGAAGACCAACAAACACAGGAGCUAGAGCAACUCAGUGUUGACCAGAAGCAGGCUUAUGAUGCGCUGUGCAAUGAAGAGGCUGGUCGGCCACGACGCUCGCAUGCUGCCUCGAUUACUGGCGAUGACUAUAUGCGCUCGAGGUCACUUGACAUCCGCCGCAGCUCAACACCAACUGUGGUUUAUGAACCUGUCCCCUGUGCUGCCAGUGAUGAAGGUCUUGUUGGUGUACUUGAGGGCAAUUCUGGCGAUGGUGAGAGUGAUUCUGCCCAGUUCGGUGACGACAAGGAUGUCUUCUCUGGCAAGCGGUCAUUUGUAUAAUAAAAAAAGAAACUCACUGUCGCCACUGUUGUUGCUGUUGCUAUCUCUGUUGUUGCUGUUGCUAUCUCUGCUGCUGCUGCUGCUGCUGCCACGGUCACUAGACAUAGUUUGCCAUUAAAUUUUUGUAGGUAUUUCCUUUGUUUGGAAGCGAAUGUGGCAGAACAUGGCCGUAUUUUCACUAGUCUAUUUUGCGAUGCUUGUAGUUGUUGUCACGACUGUGUUGACCUGGCGCGUGCUUAUUUGCCAGAUUUUAUAUUUAUGUUUUGAAAUGUUCUAGCUUAGAUUUAGCCCUUGAGGCUUGACUGCUGAUUGAAUGUGAUGUUCGCCUUCUUUAUUUUUCAGAAUUUUUUUACAAUCUGCAUUCUUGCAUGCCCGGGGGCGUUCUUCCAAUUUUGACCCACACUCAUAAUGAUUUCGUGCCCAAGAUAACUAGUAGCUGGUAUUUACUUUAACAAUGACCACGGCCGCAGACUGGUUAUGCCUGCAGAAUUAUGAUCGUUUUGCUAGCGUUUUUUUUCUUUUUCUUCUGUACAUAUUCAUCCAAUGUGAAGGCAUGGUUCCGCUUUUUUCCCUUCUUUUUCUUCUGCUGGCGAGCCACCUUGCUUUCCUCUUGAAUCUUCAACUUUUCUUAACCACUUCCCUCCACCGAUAUGCCUUCCUACUUGGAUCUUUCUUGGACCCUUUUUUUGAUCUCUUGUAGCAUUAUGCACGUGUAUAGACAAACCAUGGCAUGUCGUCGGACACCUUGGUUUUUAUCUUUAUGGAUUUUUCUACUCAACUGAUUGCAGCCCUCUGCCAAUUGUGUAGGCUGAUGAAAGAAUGUAUGUCACCAAA